AUGGCGGCGACUAAAGUCCCGCUGUGGGCGAUCUGCUUGCUGCGGGUGGUGCUGGCCACGGUCUACUUCCAGGAGGAGUUUUUAGACGGAGAGCGUUGGCGGAAUCGAUGGGUGCAUUCCACUAAUGACACCCACUUCGGGCAUUUUCGACUCUCGUCGGGGAAGUUUUAUGGUCACAAGGAGAAGGACAAAGGUCUGCAGACCACCCAGAACGGCCGGUUCUAUGCCAUCUCUGCCCGGUUCAAACCGUUCAGCAACCGAGGGAAGACCCUGGUCAUCCAGUACACAGUGAAGCAUGAGCAGAAGAUGGACUGCGGGGGCGGCUACCUCAAGCUGUUUCCUGCCGAUCUGGACCAGAAGAACCUGAACGGGCAAUCCCAGUACUAUGUAAUGUUUGGACCCGAUAUCUGUGGAUUUGAUAUCAAGAAACUCCAUGUCAUUUUAUAUUUCAAGAACCAGUAUCACUCCAACAAGAAACCAAUCCGGUGUAAGGUGGAUGCCUUCACACACCUUUACACCCUGGUUCUAAGACCAGACCUGACUUACGAGGUGAAAGUCGAUGGCCAGUCGAUCGAGUCGGGCAACAUCGAGUACGACUGGGACCUCCUGUCCCUGAAGAACGCAGACAAGGCCUCCGAGGCAGCCAAGGGCUGGGACCAGGCUACAGACGGCCAGACUCAGGACUGGGAGAAACAUUUUCUGGAUGCGGGCACCAGCAAGCCGAGCGACUGGAACAGUGAGCUGGACGGUGACUGGCCGGGGCCGAUGCUCCAGAAGCCUCCAUACCAGGACGGCCUGCAACCCAAGGGGAUCAACAAAGACAUGUGGCUUCAUCAGGAGCUCACGAGCACCAGCUACCUGUCGGCCUACGACCUCUCUGAGUUCGAGAACAUCGGCGCUAUUGGACUGGAGCUGUGGCAGGUGCGAUCUGGAACCAUCUUUGACAACUUCCUGAUCACAGACGAUGAAGAGUAUGCAGAGAGAUUUGGCAAGGCCACCUGGGGCGAAACCAAGGGCCCUGAGCGGGAGAUGGAUGCCAUCCAGGCCAAGGAGGAGAUGAAGAAGGCCCGAGAGGAGGACGAGCAGGAGCUGCUAGACCGGAAGUCUGACCCAAAGCAAAACUUCUGCAGUCGACACCACAGGCGAGAAGACUUGUAGCCACGAGUCAUGGCGCAUAGCGGCCACGCUGCGCCUUGUUGUUAACCUAAGUUAAAAGCUCCAACGUCUGCACCAUCGCUUGUCUGGUCUUCUCUGAAACAC